GUCUGUUAGUGUCGGCGUGUGUGCACGUUAGCUGUCCGCUUGCAUGUGCACGCGCGGACCUCCCUUCUCCUCCUCCACCUCCUCCUCCUCCUGUAUUUCCGUAAUUUGGCAGAGUUGCGCGUGUGGAAAGAAGAAAAGGCGCAUGAUUAAUUCCACAGAGGAGCACGCGGUGCGCACACACCUGAUCAGAAAUAGAUCCCAAUAGAUUACUGAUAGACUGAUUAGAACGGAACCGAACAGAGACAGUCAACAGCUGCAGGGCGUCUCGUGCCAAACGCGCCUUAAAUUGGACACAAGAGUUAAUUUCGGGACAGGACUUGAAGUCUUCUCCUCGGUCCGCAGAGCAGAGACAUGAACCCGUCUAGCUCUGCAGCCGCUGCCGUAAGCUGAUGAUGAUGAUGAUGAUGAUGAAGGUGCUUCCCCAGCUCCACGCGCUCCACCAGUGAUCCGCGCCGGUCUAAGAUGCCACCGGGCCCCGGCGCUCAGCACGCGGCUCGGAUCAGAAUAGCCCGGAUUAUAAAAACACAGAGGGAAGCUCAAACAAAAGCAGAAAUCCAGCAACUCGGGGAGUCACCCCGAGCCGGGACGAGCCGGGACGAGCCGGGAGGGAGAACCGUGGAUCAGAGAGCGGCGCGCCGGGGAGCAGAGGCGCAGUGAGACGCGCAAAGAGCGACAGAGAGAGGAGACAGUGUGUUCCUUCAGGUCCGCAGUGAUGCUGCUCCCGCGGCUCCCGGUCCUGUCGGCGCUCCUCGUCCUGCUGCUGGCCGCGGGACGCUGCACCGCGGCGGCCCUGCUCAGGGGCUCCGGCACCCGAGCGGACGGACGUCUGGACGGACGCAGCAUGCUGGAGCUGCUAGGCCGGAACCCGGGGUCGAGGACCGAGCCGGCGGCGGAGGUUAAAAGCCCGGAGAGAGAGAGCAGGUCACUCCAGGGAUCGGAGGACCCCCCCAGAGAUCCACGACACAAGGAGAAGUUCAUCAGACACCUGACAGGACCCCUUUACUUCAAACCAAAGUGCAGGAAACAUUUCAACAGACUGUACUACAGCACCAGAGACUGCACAAUACCUGCCUAUUAUAAGAGAUGUGCUCGUCUGCUGACUCGAUUAGCCAACAGCCCUCGCUGUGCAGAAAGAUAAACACUCUGAGAGACGCUUCUGGACAGGAAGUGUUGCCGUGACAACAAGCAUCUUAACGAGGUCCAUCAACUGACGAGCAGAUGAAGUCCUCCAGCCAAUAGAAACGCCUCCGAUACACUGCCGCCACCUGCUGCCAACAGCGAUCACAAUGAACUGUUUCCUCUUCUCGUCUGCUUUCCGCCCACGAGCAUCUCAUCCUGCCGCUAACUUAACUCUGCGUGACGACUGAUGGGACCAGGUUAGACCAGGUCUGCAGCAGUCUGGGUCAGUUUAUAUUGAGAGUCUGCAGAUAGAAUCAUAUAGAGCGUGAUAUGUAGAGAGUGUCAUCUGAAGUCUUCAGAUCCAGCUGUUGCCAGUUCCCUCUGUAGUGCUACCUGCUCUCCAUCCAGGAUCUCACCAAACUCUACUAAUUUUUUAGCCUUUUUAGCACAAAUGUCGCUGCCUAGAAACAGUUCCCGCUGCUGGCUGCAUCCAUCUUAAUAUUGGUACAAGAACAUGUGACAGUUGGCUUCUCGCUGGGUUUGUGAGGUCGUCCAGUUCAUGUGUUCAGCUAGUCUUCUUCAGUCUUACUCCGUUCAGCUUUACUUUAUGCCAGGAUCAGACUGCAUGACUUCAGCCUGGCAAUAGUCCAGCACUGCUGUAUUCUACUGGACUCUACUGACCCUCGCAUCAACAGGAUCUCUAGUCUCUCACACUGAGACUGGAAUAAACUGGAUAUCUAUUUUUCUGAAGCAAACGUUCCUCCGAUGAUUUGAGGUGAUUCUACCAGUUUCUAAUGGAGCUGCAGGAAGUUUUCUGGAAGACGAUGAGCUGAAACGAGGAGGAUCGCUGCUCUGAAAUCACAACGCAGGUCUCGACAGAAACUUUCAUCUGCGACCAAAUACCUUUUCUGCUUCUUGCAGAACAGCAGUGUUGUGGCUUUUUUUGUUCUUUCCGAUGACGGAAACAUGUUAAAAACAAGUUUCACAGUUCAUCUGAAGCCUUCGGAGGAAAUCAGAGUCCUCUGACAUCAGCUAAAUAACAAGAAUCUGUUACCUUUCCUUCUGUCGUUCUGUGCAACAGAAAAAUCAGAGAUGCUGAAUGUGUUUCAUAUGAUAAUACUAUUCCAGCAUAUUUAUAUUGUUUAAGCUGCCGACCCUUGAGUAAGAUGUACAAACUGAGAGAGGAAUAAAGACACAUGUUUGAUAUA